AUGUCGACAGUCGACAACGGCAAGGAAGAAACGAGGACUAACGCGCCUGAAGAUGUCGGGACUUCGCCCUCGCUCGGUAGUAUUGCAGAGAAGGGGGGACUUGAUGAGAGAUCCCUGCUUCGAAAGCUCGAUUAUCAUCUGCUCCCGCCCUUAACCCUCCUAUAUCUCCUAUCCUUUCUGGACCGCAGCAACGUCGGAAACGCGCGUCUUCAGGGGAUGACGACCGAUAUUGAAAUGUCGGGGGACCAAUACCUGACCGGUCUUACCCUGUACUUUAUCGGAUACGUUCUGUUUGAAGUGCCCGCGAAUACUGUCCUGAAAUUGACCACGCCCAGUCUUUGGCUGCCGACUCUCACCCUGAUUUGGGGAGUGGUCGCAACCCUCUCGGGGGUCGUCCAGAACUAUUCUGGCUUUCUGGCCUCGCGAUUCUUUCUCGGUGUCGCCGAGAGCGGUCUCUUUCCUGGCGUUGUGUUCUAUCUCUCGAUGUGGUACAAGCGCAACGAACAGCAUUAUCGGGUUGCUCUUUUCUUUUCUGCUGCCUCGCUCGCCGGGGCGUUCGGCGGUAUACUCGCAUGGGGUAUUGGGCAUAUGGGAGGGGUUGGCGGCUAUGGCGGAUGGCGCUGGAUCUUUAUUCUGGAAGGACUCUUGACUAUUAUGGUGUCGGUGAUUGCCUAUUUUUGGGUCUAUAAUUACCCAGCAACGGCCCAGUUCCUUUCCAAAGAGGAGAGAGAAUUCAUUCAGUUCCGCCUGAGAAAUGACAACGACUCCACUCGCGAUGAAACCUUUUCAUGGUCAGCGGUUCUUGAUGCGUUCAAAGAUCCGAAGGUCUGGCUGUAUGGACUCGGCUUUCAUACAUUAAGCCUGCCUCUGUAUACGCUUUCUCUGUUUCUGCCCACCAUUAUCAAUGAACUGGGCUACUCCGCGGCAGAAGCUCAGCUGCUCACGGUUCCACCGUAUGCAGUGGCCACAAUCAUGACCAUCGGUGUCGCCAUUCUCUCCGAAAAGACACAUCGUCGAGCGCCUUUCAUCAUGGGAUCCGCUGCUCUCGCCUGUAUCGGCUACAUCAUCUUGCUCUCAGAACACCGGGCCGGGGUCAGUUACGUGGGCACCAUCUUUGCCGCAGCAGGACUCUAUCCUGCGGUGGCGAUUGUGCUGUCCUGGCCAGCAAACAAUGUGUCCGGGCAAACCAAACGCUGCAUCGCCGGCGCCCUUCAGAUCUCGAUUGGGAAUCUCGGCGCCGUGAUCGGGACACAGCUGUACCGCACGGAGACCAGCCCGCGGUUUUUCCUGGGGCAUGGAUUCGCUCUCGGAUAUCUCGUGGCCAACAUUCUCGUCGUUGCGAUCACGUGGGCGGUUCUCAGGCGCGCGAAUGCGCAGAAAGCCCUUCAGAGGGAGCAGCGCGGACUUCGUCCUUUGAUGGGCGAUGUGGGAGAUGCGGAGGGAGAAUUCCUAGGGGACCGGGACCCUCGAUGGGUGUUCCAAACUUGA